UUUUUAGUUGUAAAGAUAGUGACCUAUCAGAAUAAUCUCUCGACUGCUGAGGUUGCCACGCUUAGAAACUAAUGGAACUCACGAGUUCAAAUGUGUUUUGACGUGCACGCUACUAUCUCCCACAUGAUAUGGUAUGGAGUAUCGAUAUGAUCCGUCCAGUAGUAGUGUAGCUGUCAGCCUGAAUACCCGGAUACUUCUGCCAAGCACCAGCUAUUAGUACUUCAAUGCAAGUCCAGCUUCUUGCAUAAUUACAGUCAUCUGCUAUGGCAGCGCCAACAUCGAAUAACCUUAUCUGCUUCACAAAUUGCUUCCUCCCGCAGGAAGACGGUGGUUUGAUUGAAAAGGAUUUGUGGAUUGAUGAGCGGCGUGGUGUCAUACUGGACGCGCAGCGAACCUUUUUCCUGCGCAAGGAGCGCCCGAAUACAAUCAUUGAUCUUGGGGGAAACGUCUUGAGUCCGGGCUUUAUUGACAUUCAGAUCAAUGGAGGCUUUGGUUUCGACUUCUCUGUCUACGAAGGCGACGACCAAACUUAUCGAGAUGGGUUGAAGUUGGUCGCAGAGAAGAUUGUUGAGACAGGUGUGACUGCCUUGGUCCCCACAAUUAUCACUCAGGAAACGACUUUGUACCCCAAGCUUCUUGACCUGCUUCGUCCAUGGUCACCUCCACACGCAGCACACCUCCUCGGGUGGCAUGCCGAGGGGCCAUUCCUACAGAUGUCCAAACGAGGUGCCCACUCACCUGCUCCAGAGAACCUAGCAGACGCAGAAGACUGGCUCAUGUCAGGCGACACCGCCCCCAACACUGUGGGAGUACGCAUAAUAACAGCUGCCCCUGAAGUCGAGGGCGUUAUGGAGGCUAUUAACGAAGCCAGCAAGCGUGGAAUCUGUUUCAACAUUGGUCACAGCAUGGCUACAACGGAUAUUGCAACUGCAGCAGUACGGAAUGGUGCGAGAUGCAUCACACAUCUCUUCAAUGCAAUGCCGCAGCUUCACCAUCGCGACCCGUCUAUCAUUGGUUUACUUGGAGCUUCUCCUUAUCUAUCUCCUUCGUCUUCUUCGACUUUUUUGCCAUUCCCGUCCGCUAUCAUCAGCGCCCUCAAUGCCUCGAUGCAUUCGCUUCCAAUCACCAAGGAGCCUUCGAUUGAUCACAUAUCGGAAGCACUUGAUGAGAUUAAGACACCCCCUCAGACACCCAUGCUCCUUGCGGAACAAGCUCUCAGGAAAUCUCUCCUUCCCACAGGCAAGUCAACGGAGAGCCCAGGCUCUGCCGCUAUCACCGCCAUUCCCCUGGGGAGUGGGCAGUCAAGCGAAAGUAAGCUCAAGAAAUAUUUUAAGACUAUACCAUUCGAUCGACCAUUCUACGAGAUCAUCGUGGAUGGGAUUCAUUCUCAUCCCAACUCCGUGAGACUAGCGUACAGUGCUCAUCCAGACGGGUGCAUCUUGAUUACCGAUGCCAUGAAGAUUCUUGACCCGCACCUCAAGGAUGGUGUUCACGACUGGCGCGAUGGCCGUCGGUUUUACAAGGAGGGCGAUACACUUUACGUGGAAGGCACCACCACCCUUGCCGGAAGCGUGGUUACCCUCGAUAAAUGCGUACGGAACUUUGUGCGCUACACGGGCUGCUCCAUUGGUGAAGCUAUCAAAUGUGCAACUUAUAAUCCUGCAAGGUGCCUUAAUAUUGAGAACAAGAAGGGUACGCUGCGCGCGGGAGCAGACGCGGACUUGGCGGUUCUUGACCACCAAGGUAAUGUACUAAGCACCUGGGUGAAGGGCAAGAUGGUGUGGGCGAGGAAGUAGUCUCACCAUGUUUCCGAAGGCAGUCUAAGUUCCUUCUACAGUUCCCGUUAACGUUUCACCUUGGGCUUGAUGGACGUUCCAUGGGUUCAUCACUCUAGACAAAGCUUCGAAUAUUGAUGAUGCCAAUGCCAUUGAGCCUCAUGAUUAUGCUGUAA